AUGCAGGCUGUAAAAGUUCCUGAUACCCCAGUUGAAGUUCUCGUGGAUCUGCUGUCAAAGGCCACGGAGACAGCUGGAGGAAAUGCGGACAUUCCAGAGGAGUUGAAGAGUAACUUGCAGAAAGCUCUGCACAUAGCCAUCGGUCUGGAUGGCUACUUAGAGAGAAUCACCUCUCCAGAAAGUGAACCUCUGGCAGAGCUCUACAAGAAAACAAUAAAUCAUAACUGGGACCAAGUCUACAAGGAUGGCAAGACUCUGUUCCGCCUUCCUAAGGAGUGCAUCACAGGACACGUGGAAGGUCAGACUUUGAAGAUGUUGGUCCGUAUGAGCCGAGCUAAGAGGGUCCUAGAGAUAGGGAUGUUCACAGGCUAUGGAGCUCUCUCCAUGGCUGAGGGCCUGCCUGAGAACGGUUCCCUGGUUGCCUGUGAGUUGGAGCCAUACCUGAAAGAGUUUGCUCAGCCCAUAUUUGACAUGUCUCCGCACGGCAAGAAGAUUACUGUCAAGAUUGGCUCAGCCAUGGACACACUAAAGGAACUGGCUGCUGCAGGUGAGCAGUUUGACAUGGUCUUUAUUGAUGCAGACAAGACCAACUACAUCAGUUACUACAACUUUAUCUUGGACAACAACCUGCUGAGACAACAUGGGGUGAUAUGUGUAGACAACACACUGUUCAAGGCUAAAGUUUAUCUACAAGAAACCACAGAUGAGAAUGCGCUGGCACUACGAGAGUUCAACCAGUUUGUCUCAGAUGAUCCACGUGUAGAGCAGGUCAUAAUUCCCCUUCGAGAUGGCAUCAGCAUCAUCCGACAAGUACCCAUGGCCUCUGCCUGCUCAAGGACAUGGAGCAACAUAACAGAUGACGAGGUGUUUCGCAGCAUGAAAGGAUGCUCCAUCCUGGAUCGGAUGCGUCUUGAUGGCAAAGUGGCCUAUGUGACAGGUGCCGGGCAGGGCAUAGGCCGAGCAUUUGCUCAUGCCCUUGGUGAGGCCGGUGCAAAGGUGGCUGUGGUGGACCUUAAUCACGGGAAAGCGGAGGCUGUAGUGGAGGAGCUUGCUCUGAAAGGAAUUGUAAGCACUGCCAUAACAGCUGACAUUAGCAAGUCGGAAGAUGUGCAGAGGAUGAUUGACAGUGUUGUCUCUAAAUGGGGGGCCAUCCACAUCGCCUGUAACAACGCAGGAAUCAACAUGAACUCAGCCAGUGAGGACACCAGUCUAGAGGAGUGGGACCAAACCUUCAAUGUCAACUUGAGGGGGACCUUUAUGUGCUGUCAGGCAGCAGGUCGGGUGAUGCUGAAACAGGGAUACGGAAAGAUAAUCAACACGGCCUCUAUGGCCAGUCUAAUAGUACCUCACCCCCAGAAGCAGCUUUCCUAUAACACCUCCAAGGCCGGAGUGGUCAAAUUGACACAAACACUUGGAACUGAAUGGAUUGACAGAGGAGUGCGAGUCAACUGCAUUUCGCCGGGAAUUGUUGACACCCCUCUCAUCCACUCGGAGAGUCUGAGGCCUCUGGUGCAGCGUUGGCUGUCAGAUAUCCCCGCUGGUAGACUGGCUCAAGUGACAGACCUGCAAGCUGCAGUGGUCUACUUGGCAUCUGACGCCUCUGACUACAUGACAGGGCAUAACUUAGUCAUAGAGGGUGGGCAAAGUCUAUGGUAG